CCUCCAUUCCUACGUUUAGAGGAGAUUGAGAAGCAACAUUUAGAGAGGUGGGUGCGUGGUCGCAUUUGUUUCUUUUUCCCUCCAAAGGUGAAGAAGCAAGGGCAUCCCAUUCAGUUAUCUGCUUUUCUUGGGUGUCAGUAUCCACCUUUCCUUUCCUCUCUUAUCUAAUCAUAUUCCCACUAAUCAAAUCAAACAAUAAUAAUAAUAAUAAUAAUAAUAGUAACAACAACAGCAACAAUAAUAUCAAUGGCUUGCCUCUUUCCGGUGGAAAACCCCAAUGGUCCAAAGUGUGGCAUCUUUUGUUAAUCCCUCCCAUAUUCUAUUAAUUAGGUGCUGAAAUGCAAGCAUAAAGUGGUUGCGUGCUGGGGUGGUGGCAUCUUGAGUCCCUUUUUGGAUAUUGUGCUCAUUCCCUCGGUUUGUUUCUGGAUAAUUAGCCCACUUUGAGUUAGGAGGUGUCUUAUCGUCGUUGAGGCCUGCCAGCAGUCGACGCCAGUAAAUUUUCUCCCCCGUUCGAGGAAUGGGUUAUUCGCUUCUUCCUCAUUGAGUCUCGGAGCUAAGUGCUCUGUUUCUCUUUUCCUUUCUUUCUUUUCUUCUCUUCUCUUCUCUUCUCUUUUUCUCCUUUUCUUUCUGCUGAAAUGGUUCGGAUCGGCAGGUUCUGAAUGGCUCUCCUUUCAUUUUCCUUCGUAGGGUUCUUCUUCCUCCUUUUACCGAUUCCUAACCUUCCAAUUACCGCCAUAUGUUGUGGAAAAAAAAAAUAAAUGCAAAUGUCGUUUUGAAUCUCCCCCCUCCCCCCACCUUCUUCUUUGGUGGGACGUAGAUGUUCUACUCUGACUUGUCAUCAUGUACUGCUUUUCAUACUUAAUUUGUUCUGAUUUUCAACUCGAGAAAGGAACUUGUGGUUGAAAUUUCCUUUUCAUAUGAUCUCAUCUCAUCUCAAAAUAAAUAACUAUGACACUGGGGGAGUUGGGAGGAGAGAGGAAGCGGCAAAAACAACAGGAUAUUAUUCGGACGCCGGAGUGAGAAAAUAAUCCAUCCUCCAUGCAUUUCUCAACAGGACCUUCGAAAAGCUCUUGGCAGCCGGUCAUGGCUGCUGAUACCACCCACCCGGAUUAUUGGCUCAACUGGAGAGUUUCACUUUGUGGGAUAUGGGUGCUGUCUUGCGUGAUCAUAGCAUUCAUUCUGAUAUGGAAAUAUGAAGGAUCCAACUCGGUGAGAGAAGAUAGAGCAGACACUCGACGGGAGACAUUGGGAACUUUGUACAUGGAUGAGUCUUGGAGACCUUGUCUUCAAGAAAUCCAUCCUGCUUGGCUGCUGGCUUUUCGGGUCACGGCAUUUUUUGUGCUUCUGGCAUUGCUCGUCGUCAAUGCCAUUGUGAAUGGAGGUGACAUCUUCUACUACUACACGCAGUGGACUUUUGUGCUGGUUACUGUUUAUUUUGGGCUUGGUUCGCUGCUAUCUGUUUAUGGGUGCCAUCAAUAUCUCAAUAAAGUUGGUGCGGAUAAGCCGGACCCUGAAAGGCCAGAUGCAGAACGUGGCACAUUCAUGGCUCCUACAAUUGAGGAGAACCCAAAUAUGCAUGGUGCAGUGAAAAUCUCUGGCUUCCAUGAAGAAGACAACACUCGGGAAAUUGCUGGAUUCUGGGGUUAUGUGUUUCAAAUCAUCUAUCAGACAAAUGCAGGCGCUGUGAUGCUCACUGAUUGUGUCUUCUGGCUCAUCAUUUUUCCCUUUCUUGCCAUCAAAGAUUAUAAUCUAAAUUUUUUACUAAUUGGUAUGCAUUCAGUCAACGCAGUUUUCCUCCUUGCUGAUACUGCCUUGAAUAGUUCGCGGUUCCCCUGGUUCCGGAUUGCAUACUUCCUACUUUGGACAGCAAUAUAUGUCAUUUUUCAAUGGGUGGUCCAUGCUUGCAUCUCAAUCUGGUGGCCUUACCCAUUUCUUGACUUGUCAUCACCUCAUGCCCCUAUAUGGUAUUUUGUGGUGGCAUUGAUGCAUAUCCCUUGCUAUGCAGUAUUCCCAUUGAUUAUAAAGUUGAAGCACAUUCUGCUAUCCCGAUGGUUUCCUCGGUCCUAUCAUGGUAUGAGCCAGCUCUCCUUUCAGAACAGCUAUAUCCUUGAUGGUGGGUUGGAGGCGCAAACAGUCAGGAGAUCUAUUAAAUUAAAUAUGAAGUGCUAUUGGUUGAUCAUCUCUGCAUCUACGGUGUUGAUGAAAACUAGGCAUGAAUAGAUGCAGGAACAGGGCUUUGCUUUUAGACUCAAGUUGCAAGUUUUAUAUUGGAAUAUUUGUAUCGGGAACUUAUAAAUUCUUUAAACCUUAUCCCUGUUAAUGAUACAAUAUAUUUAAAAUAUUCUCCUACCAUAAA